UUUAUGUGCUGAAGUGACAGCGAGGAGGGAAGGGCUUUUAUCAGCUCUCUGCUGCUGAUGAAGCAGCCGGUGUGUACAGGUGAUCUUAAUUAAGUGCCCCUCUGCCUGUCGCAUUAGCUUAGUAAAAAAAAAAAAAAAAACGCACGAGGAAGCAGUGUGGAGUUACAUCAUCAAAAGAGCCAGGAGGAAGAGAUGCCGCCAAAACGGACGAAGGCUGCUGCUAGCUUCCACAACAAAGAGGUGCUGGGGCGGGAGAUUCGUCGGAACAGACUCGCCCUUUUUAUUCAGCAGUUUGAGAAAGAAGCACAGGAACGGCUAAAGGACCUCGAGGCUAAAAUGGAGAACUUGCUAACUACAGUGGACAAGGUUUUUAAGGUGGAACUGAUGAAGAUGCCUCCUUCUCUCAAGAAUACUUUAAUGGGCGACAUUUUGAAUGAGAGUGAAGUUUCCGCUAGUGAAGUGUCUAUAGCUAUGAAGAGCGAGUCCCGGGAGAUGUCCCAAACUCUCAGGAGAAUCCCCAGUAGAAGAGUUGGGGCAACCAAUUCCCCUGUUGCAGCAACAUCAGCCCAGAAUUUAUCUUUAAAAACCCCAAAGGUAGCUGACGUGCCAGCGAGGAGCAGGACACUUGUUGGCAGUAGCAGCACUGGAAACCUUGUGAGGUCCGCUACAGCAGCCAAAAGAGGCCAAGCCCGCUCAAGGUGUCGCAAGAUGACGGAUCUGCCGAUUCCAAACCAGAAUGUGUAUAAGCUCAGGUCUGUCAUGUCCGCUGGUGAGCUGCCCUGUUCAAUGUCAAGAUCUGCUGCACACGUCACUGUGACAACAGGACGAGGAGAGACUGUCAGCUUUUCUGAAGAGACGAAGGAUAAAAUUAACUGGGACCUGCUGGACGACGUUGCAUGGUGUCAGAUUCAGAAACUUGCGGGUCUGAUGGAGUAUCUCUCACAGCAAAAUGGCUGUCAGCGAUAAGCGGAGCCGAUCUGAGCAUCCACUGAUCUGUUUCAUUGACGGUUGUAUUUGUCAGUUGUAGUUAUUUGUGUUUUAAUGUGUCAAAUUACUUAAUAAAACUUUGAAAUGUGU